AUGCAGGUCCCUGUUCAACUACUUCUGGUGGCUCUCGCUGCGAUGCUGAUUAUACUGCAAGGCAAACCCCUCGGUACCAUCGAUGGAAAAGCACAGGAACACCAUUCUACAGAAAGAGGUGACGAAUAUCUCCACAAUGAGCAAAAUAUGAACUCGACUGAAAGCCACCAUGAAGCGGACUUGGAACAGAUGUCAGUAACAGAUCACGGACACUGGCGUUCGUUUAACAACACACACGACGAAAAACGACACUUGCCAGGUAACCAUACCGAGUUACAUGGGUACCCCAACCAUCUGGUACCGCAUAAUUCCAGCGAACCUCCUGAAUUAACAGAAAGAAAUGCAUCAAUCAUUCAUAAAGACCACAAGAACAAAAAUGGAACGUAUGACAAGCCGUUAGAGGUUACCGACGGGCCCGUAGGUGAGAAAAAAAAUAACACCGAUGAGGAACAUGACGGAUACUAUUUCGAAAGCGUCGAAGUGGAAAUUAACGAGGAUAAAAACAAUAGCAAUGGUACACAGCCUGACCACUGCGAUGGCGCUGAAGUUGUGGGGAAUAAUGAAAAUGCCACGGUUAACAAGAGUAGCAAUGGGUGCCAAGGCCAUAAAGACGAUGUUAGUGGGAGUGUGCAACGAGAAACUCUUGUUAGCAACCACACGGAUAAAUGCAAAUACAAAGGGGGCUGCAAGAACAGGGUUGCGGGGAAGGAUCAAGAGGAUAACUUCGAUGAGACUCUGGACAAUGCUGAUGACGACAAAAUUGAUGAUGAUGGUGAUGAUGAUGAUGACGAUGAAAGGAAAGACGACGACGACGACGACGACGACGAUGACGACAAUGAAGAUGUGACCGAGGCUGAUGAUGACGAAGAGAAUCCAGAUGUUAACAACAGUGGUGAGAAAGCGGACGAAGAUGAGGACCAACACAGUUGUGAGUCCAAAGAGGACGAGGAAGAUGAAGAAGGUGAAGAUGACAGUAAACACAAGAGAGCCAACUGCAGAAAUAAAGCAAAACGUCACUUGGAUGCAAUGAAAGAUGAUGAUGACGAUGAUGAUGAUGAUGACGUGGUCGGAAGUGGCGAAGGCGCAGAUUUCGAAUGA